GAUUAGGUUAAUAACAGUUUUUGAGUUCACAACGUUCACGUUUUUAUAAUAUUGUUUUUGAAGUUUAAACAUCAGUUUUUUUGUAAAAAUGUCGAAACAUAAAAUAACGUCUUAUUUUGAAACAAAUUCACCGAAAAAAUGUAGAGCGAGUAACACUGAUGGUAACGCAAAAAAAACUAUGAUUGAAAUGCAGACACAAAUGUCUGAUACACAAAUUCCAACGUCCACGUCUUCAAGUGAAGAACUGUCAUCAAGCAAUCAAGUUAGUUUACUUGAUAGUACGGAUAUAGGAAAUUUUAUAAAUGAAACUGCAGAUGAUUUUACUAAAUCAUUAAUAGUUAAAAGAAGUAACAUCCCUGCAUCAAAUUUUAUUUUUCCUUUUUCAACCCACAUAAAAAAAGGGAAAGCUGAAAAACGGUAUUUGCGUGUCAAUCAUUUCGAGAAAUACUCGUGGUUAGAAUAUUCAAAUAUUAAACAUGGUUUGUUUUGUAAAACUUGUGUAUUGUUUCUGACUUCAAGUCUUGGUGGUAUGCAUAAGACACAACCAUUAAAAACCUUAGUAACUGAGCCCCUAAAGAAAUAUGCGAAAUUGCUAGGUAAAGAUGGAGCUUUGGAUGUACACAAUAAUACUAUUUAUCAUAAGAAUGCUGCACAACAAGCAAUUGAUUUUCUAACCACAUACUCUGAACCGUCUAAAGAAAUAAUAAAUUUAUUACAUUCAAAAAGAAAUGAAGAAAUACUAGAAAACAGGGCUCGAUUACGGCCAAUUAUUGAUAGUAUUGUAUUUUUGGGGCGACAAAACAUACCUCUUCGUGGUCAUCGAGACGAUGGUAGAGAAAUAUUUGGGGGACAAAAUGAGUCAGUGAUAAAUUGUGGUAAUUUUAAAGAAAUAUUAAAAUUUAGAGUUGAUUCUGGUGAUCAUUUGCUUGAGAAUCAUUUAAGAACAUCUCAUUCCAAUGCAACAUAUAUCAGUAAUGUCAUUCAAAAUGAGAUCAUUGAAUGUUGUCGACAAGAAAUUUUACAUGUUAUUAUGUUGGAAGUAAAUAAAGCCAAAUAUUAUAGUGUUAUAUUUGAUGAAACUACAGAUAUAUCUAAUGCUUCACAAAUCACUUUAAAUAUCCGUUAUGUUUUCAAAGAUCAAGUUCUGGAAAGGUUUAUAGGUUUUAUAGAUUGCCAUAAAUAUAUAUUUGACAAAGAAAAGGGACAUUUGUCAGAUAUUAAUGAGGAAGAUGAAAGUGUUGAGCACUCUGAGCCAAAAAUUACAGGAGAACUAUUAGGAGAAACUGUUGUAAAUAUAUUAAAAGAUUUUGGAUUCAAUUUAGAUACAUGUGUUGGUAUUGGCACUGAUGGAUGCUCAGUCAUGGUAUCCACAGCUCGAGGUGCAGUACAACAAAUUCAAAAAUAUGCAAAAAAUGCCAUUCACUGCCCAUGCUCAAAUCAUGCUCUAAAUUUGAGUAUUUCAAAGUCAUCCACGGUGCAAUAUGUUCGUAACUGCAUAGGAGUUAUUAAAGAAGUAAUUUCAUUUUUUCAUGCCUCUCCUAAGCGUAAUUUUGUACUUCAAAAUAAUUUGUCACAUCGAACCACUCUUUCUGGGUUGUGUGAAACCCGUUGGAUAGAAAGACAUGACAGUGUUCUACAAUUCAAAAAUUCCUUAUUAGAGAUAGUAGAUGCACUAAAUGAAAUUUCACAAUGGGAAGACAAUAUCUCUUCAACAAAAUCCAACAUUUUAGUAUCUGCCAUUUGUAACUGUGAUUUUAUUUUGUCAAUAUUUGUAUUAUCCAGUACAUUAAGUGUAACAUUUCCUAUCAGCAAAUUACUCCAAGGAAAAGAUGAAGAUAUUUUCACAGCAUCUAAAUAUAUCAAGGACAUAAUUUCUACUCUUAAAAAAUAUAGAAGUAACUGUGAUGAGGAAUUUAAUUCAAUAUUUAGAGAAAGUGAAAAUAUAUUUUCAACACUUAAUGUUGAAGUAAAGCUACCAAGAAUUUAUGGACGUCAGAAAUAUAGAAGCAACAUAACAAAUAUAGAUAAACCAGAAGAUUACUAUCGUAUUAAUUUAUACAUUCCACUACUAGACAGUAUUUUAGAAGACUUAAAUUCCCGUUUUAUCAAUAAAGAAAACAAAAAUCUCUUAGCAUUAAUGCAAUUGGUACCAAGUAAUAUAGUACAAGUAAAAGAUGACAAAGCACUUAAGCCCGCAAUAGAAAACAUGUCUGCAAUCAUCAAUGAGCAAACCUUAUUUAAACAUUUACCGAUGGAUACCAUUCAAUCCGAACUUAACAUUUGGUAUUCAAUGUGGUGCAGGCACAAAUUAGAAGGUAAAGAUAUACAUAAAAAUGUUUUGGAAUCUCUAUCUGAAUGUGAUAAGACAGUAUUUCCUACUAUUCAAACAAUUUUUGCAAUUAUAUGUACAUUGCCCAUCAGUGUAGCAUCAGCUGAACGUAGCUUUUCGACUCUAAAAAGACAAAUGAACGGCAUGCGUGCUUUGAUGACGCUGAUUUUAAUGAUAACUGCCGACUCGGUGCGUUCGUGGUCGUGCCCUUCGGACUGCAUCUGUUUAUCGCACACACAAAUCCUCUGCAACUCCGGACACCUGACGUUCGUGCCGCUACGCGACCUACCCAAGACCGUCGAACAUCUGUCGAUGACCAAAAAUAACCUGACGUACUUGCCCACCGAUGCUUUCAGCGGUCUCCGGCACCUGCGAAAGCUGACGUUGGACACCAACGGCAUACGUCGGUUGGAUCGGUUCGCGUUUCGCGGGCUCAGCCGGCUCCGGGAGUUGUCCAUCCAGCACACGCCACUCGAGUCGCUCGACAAGUUCUCGCUCGCCGGUCUCCAGAACGUGACGGCCAUUCUGUUGGGGUACAAUCAGAUCAGAGUCAUACACGAGUUUGCGUUCGCCGGCACCGCCAACAUCAGGCUCAUACUGCUCAACAACAAUCCAUUGCACACGGUGUCAGCUAAUGCAUUUUCCGGUCUAACAAACGUUGAACAUCUUAUCCUACCGUCGGGCAUCCAACAACUGCAGCCCGAUUCGUUCAAUGGGCUGGACUCGGUGGGCCUGCUGAAGCUGUCGUUCAUGGACUUGUCGUCACUGAAGUCGUUCACGUUUCGCGGUCUCAGCCAUGUGCAUGUGUUGUCCAUCCAAGACUCGGACUUGGGCGUAAUCCGGGCGGACGCGUUCGCGGGCCUGGCGCACGUUGGCAGUCUCAACCUGUUGAACAACAAGAUCGAUGCGAUGCAGAGCCUGACCGUGACACGGGAAAAUCACAUCCGACACUUCCGGUUCAACGGCAAUCACGUGUUAGACAGCCCACGACGGGGCACGUUCGUAGGCCUUGCUUCCGCCUCUUCCGACGGAUUCACCUUGGUCGGCAACCACUUCCCGUGCGACUGUCACCUAUUCCGGUUCCUGGACGGCCGCCCGUUCGGCAACACGUCCCGAGAUCUUUUCACCGGCAAGAACUAUUGCAUUUCGCCACUGGAGCUCAACGGACAGCCCAUCGCCGUCGUCGAUUCCGCAGUCAUUGAUAAAUGCUUGCAAACAUCGGUAGCUGCCCCUCCAAGGACCAAUGCCGGCGUUACCACGACUACGGUCCUGGUUGUAGCAGUGGUCUUCGCGUCGACCGGUUUGUUUUUGCACGACAUAGCAGUGUGAUUCUUUUGCAUGUGGGGGGACCGUCCAAAACCAUCACCACCAAUUAUAGUUAUAAACUGUCCAUCGAAUACUAUUGAAAUAUUUUAUUUAUAUAAUAAUAUAUACUAUUAUAAAUAUUGUUAUAACAUAGAUGUAUCAUUGUAUAGGAACAGCUUAAGCCAACAUUUUUUUAAAAAUAUAAUACUAUAUAUUUAAUUAUCAGGCAAUUCUCAGGAGUUAUAGCGUUUUACGCUGUCGGGCGUAAGAGUGAUUUCGAGAGAACUCUAAUUGAUACAUUUAUUUUAUAGGUAGGUAAUGUUUCUUUUCCUCGUCAAUACUAUUAUCAUAUUUCAGCGUGUAAAUAAUAAUGAUAUAUUGCAAUAAAUUACGUGUUUAUUUGAUUGAAUGUUUAGGACAAAUGUAUUUUCGUCACAUAUCAGUUUACAUAUCCUCAAAGAAAAUUGUUUUCUACAAAUCUAAACAUAACUUACAGACUUUGAUGCUAAGUAAAUUGUAGUUACGUCUUCAACAUUUUUUUCAGUUAUAAUUUAAACAUUAUUAUUUUCAUGUUUUUCAAAUUAAUUCAAACUAAAAUAUAUUUUUGAUUAUGAAAAUAUUACUCAUUAUGUUUUAAUUAAACAUCGUGUAAGCCAAUAAUAUACUUUCUAAGAAAAGUUAAAUAUUUGAAGUCUACAAAUUAUAAUUAAAUAGAUUGUAUUUUACUUCUGUUUUUAAUUAUUUUUCUCAUUACAGGUCAAAAGGUAAAGUUAAUAUUAAGAAUAGAUAUCGUAUUAUUAUCAUUUUCCGCGAAAAGUGUUAAACCGUUAUUAUUUAUUAAGUAGUAUCAUUACAUUAUUUUUUACUGAAAAAAUGUUAUAAAAAAAAAUUCUUUUUUGUGUUUAUUUCAUUUAAUGAGUAGGAACUAAAACGACGAUAAAGAUAUAAAAACAUAUUACUAAUUAUACUCUAAUUUUCGUAAUCUAUUAUGCGUCCUUAAUCGUUAUAAUAGUAUAUUAUUAUCAUUUUAGCAUACAACUAAAAUUAUAGCAUUAUUACAUUUAUAUAUAAUCAAUAGUAUUAUAUUGUUAUUUAUUAUUAUGUAUAUAUAUUAAAAAAAUGUUAUGUCAUGAUCUUCACUUUCAGUUAUUCAUAUAUUAUUUAUAUAUAUACAUAUUGAAUCCAUGUAAUUGUUUAAUUUAUAUUAUAGUAACAUAAACAAUAUAUAC